UAUGUGCGAGGCUAUAAGCUCGUCCGAAAUUUUCGUAACGUGGACACCUCCACAUCCUGACGGUGCCAACGGCAGGAUCGUCAGCUACAGAGUUCAUUACGAAAAAUCGGAGAAUAUAAAAGGUAUCGGAGUCUCCAGGAGUAUCAGUCAAAUCACUCCUUUAAGGAGUCUACUUCCCAGUCACCACGAACAAAAAUUCACGAACAGAGAAAUAAGUCCAAAUUUCAGACUCGACUUUGAACCAGAAGCACCACAUUCAGCCCCUGAACCUCCUGGCGAGGUGCUGGUGAACGACGGUCUCGAAACUCGCCUCACGUCCCUCAGGGCCUUCAGCAACUACAGCGUGACCGUAGCCGCCGCCACUGCUGUGGGAGUCGGAGUGCCCUCUACGCCCAUCAGUUGCGCCACAGCUGAAGGAGUGCCGACAGCUCCCACUGCCGUCAAAGUGGUCCUUAGUAGUAAGAGGAAAGCCAUUGUAUCGUGGCGACCUCCUGACUCUCCUCGGGGGCGCAUCACGCACUACGCGGUGCAGUGGCGCCCGGUGGUUGACAGUGGAGGGAACACACAAGAAGUUACAGUACCUGGCGACAGCCAGCACUGCGAACUCCUGGACCUGCCUUUCGAUGAGACUGUCCAGGUUGUGGUGCUAGGAUACACCAGAGUAGGAGCUGGUGCCGCUAGUCAACCAGCGAGCAUCGUUGUCUCAGAUACUAGUGAGUAG